CGAGCUCACAAUUUGUAUUUCGCAGCUACACACCUUACCAAUCGCCAACAUGUCUGGCUACGAAGUUGAACACAACAUCUCCGACAAGGAUGACAAGGCGCAACCUUCUGCUCGCCGCCCCGACUUGUCGACUUUCUUUUCACAGUUGGAACUUGUAGACACGUCUGAUCCGCAGGCGCAUACAAAUGCAAAUGCAGUGCCCCAGCCUGAAAAUAUGUCGGCGGCAUUCCGGCUGCUCGCCAACGCGUUCGAGUUGAUGCGCGGACGACCUGCGGAUGAGGAGGGUAGCGGCGAGAAUGAUUUGCUCGCCAACAUGAUCGAAGUGCUGCGCCAGAACGCUGAUGAUCCUCCAACCGAACUCAAAGGGGUGCCUGACACUUUUCUGGACGAGCUGGAGCGCGUCCCUAAGAAGAGUCUGAAGCCUACCGACACCUGCCCCAUUUGCGUCAAUCCGUUCCUUGAAGACCAGUAUCCGCUUGUAGUUCAACUCCCUUGCCAUAAGGAUCACUACUUCGACUUGGACUGCAUACGGCCGUGGCUGAAGCUCAACUCCACCUGCCCGCUUGAUCGCAAAGAGCUGCUGAAGAAGCAGCAGCCACCUCCGCCAGUAGAGGACGACGACGAUGGCGAGUAUGACGAUAUGUACGCAUAGGAAUGCCUCGCAAUGGAGUUCGGACGAUACCGACGUACACAAUGUGGAAAUUGAGAUCCUACGUUCACGACUGCAAAGAAUGUUUCUUCCGCCAGCCUAGCCACAAUGUCCCCUUCUCAGUAGACUAACGAUACUUUUGCAA